AUGAGCACGACCGGCCCCUCUCCGCGGACGCGGUCUGCCCUCAUCCUCUACGGAUCGGAGACUGGCAAUUCACAGGAGGUGGCGGAGGAGCUGGGUGCUCUGGCAGAGCGACUGCAUUUUACGACGCAUGUGGCGGAGCUGGACAGCAUCAAAGUGGGUGCCCUCCAUACUUACACUUUGACGGUCUUUGUGGUCUCGACGACUGGCCAGGGCGAUUUCCCCGCCAACGCAAGGUCGUUCUGGAGGUCGUUGCUCCUGAAGCGGCUGCCGGGGACAUUUCUCAGUGGUGUGCGAUUCACGCUGUUUGGACUGGGGGACAGCUCGUAUCCAAAGUUCAAUUGGGCAGCUAGAAAGCUUUACAAACGAUUGCUGCAGCUGGGCGCCCAGCAGACAUUCCGGAUCGCAGAGGCGGACCAGCAACAUCCAGAGGGAUAUCCAUUGCCUGUGGGCAAGCGGCCGAUACCGGACGAGGUGCCUCUGCCACCCAAAUGGGUUCUCAAAGAGCCUACGGGGGAGACAGAAAGCGUUACAGAAGAGAAGCCGAAACCACUUGAGAACGACUCUAGUGAGCCUGGCGUGGACCGUCUCGACCACGACGUUCGACCGAUCCCCCACAGUUUCACAGCCACGCUCUUGCAGAACACACGGGUGACCCCGUCGACACACUGGCAAGAUGUCCGCCAUAUUGCCUUCUCUGUUCCGACGCCGCUCGCCUAUGGACCUGGAGAUAUGAUUGCGAUCAUGCCCAAGAACUUCGCCGAGGACGUGCAGGCCCUAGUCGACCGAUUGGGUUGGGCCGAACACGCGGAUAAGCUGGUUUCACUGGUGCCGGGCGACGGCCUCCCUGCCCAUGACGAGCUUCCGGCGCCUCCAAUCCCCGAUCUUGGCCGGUACCCCCGGCUGACGCUGCGUGCACUCCUCACAGACUACCUUGACAUCCGCGCGAUCCCCCGACGCUCGUUCUUCUCGAACAUCUCCCACUAUACAAGUGACGAACGGCACCAGGAGCGACUGUUGGAGUUCACCAAGCCGGACUUCCUUGAUGACUUUUGGGACUAUACUACCCGUCCGCGACGCAGCAUCAUCGAGGUACUGCAGGAGUUCCAUAGCGUACAGAUCCCCUGGCAACACGCGGUGUCAGUCUUCCCUGUCCUGCGCGCCCGACAGUUCAGUAUCGCCAGCGGGGGGGCAUUGAAACGGAUGACAGAUGGGAGCACACGCUUCGAGCUGCUGGUUGCGAUCGUCAAGUACCGUACGGUGAUCAAGAAGAUCCGUGAAGGGGUGUGCACCAGAUACCUCUCGGUUCUACGGCCGGGCAGCACGAUGCAGGUCCAGCUGCAGCGCGGGGGGCUCAAUUCUUCGACCGGCCAGCUCCUGGGCCCGACGGUGCUGAUUGGGCCCGGGACAGGUGUGGCCCCGUUGCGGUCUAUGUUAUGGGAGAAAGCAGACCAGCAGCCCACAAUAGGUGGUGGCAACGACGACGACGACGACGGCUACGGGCAGGCAGUCCUGGUCUUCGGCGGCCGCAACCGCGAGGCCGACUACUUCUUCGCCGACGAAUGGACGCAGCUGGCGGCAACGAUGCCGCUGCAGGUCAUCACGGCCUUCUCGCGCGACCAGCCGCAGAAGGUGUACGUGCAGGACGCGAUCCGGGAGCACGCGAGCGAGGUCUUCCGCCUCCUGCACGAGCUCAACGGGUCGGUCUACAUCUGCGGGUCGUCGGGUAGCAUGCCCCGGGCAGUGCGGGAAGCCCUGGUAGAUGCCUUCCAGCACCGGGGGGAAUUCAGCAGGGAAGACGCCGAAGAGUAUCUGCUUAAGAUGGAGAAAAUCACCAUGGCGAGCGGCUUACGGAUAUUGGUGCCUGUGAAGCGGGUGAUUGACUACGCGAUCAAACCUCGCAUCAACAAGACACAGACGGGCGUUGAGACGGCGGGAGUGAAGCACUCGCUCAACCCGUUCGACGAGCUCUCGGUGGAAGAGGCGGUGCGGCUGCGCGAGCGCAAGGGUCCGAUGAAGGUGGAGAACAUCCUGGCGCUGUCGGCGGGGGGACCCAAAUGCACCGACACCCUGCGGACGGCGAUGGCGAUGGGGGCCGAUCGGGCGUUUCACGUGGAGGUGCCGGAGAAGGACGGUGCUCUGGAGCCGCUGACGGUGGCUAAGAUGCUGCGCGGGGUGGUGCAGGCCGAACAGAUCAACCUGGUGGUGCUGGGCAAGCAGGCCAUCGACGGCGACCAGGGCCAGACGGGUCAGAUGCUGGCGGGCCUGCUGGGGUGGCCGCAGGCGACGCAGGCGAGUCGGGUGGAAAUCAAAGACGACCAGGGCACGAUCGAGGUGACGCGCGAGGUCGACGGGGGCGUCGAGACGCUGCGCACGCGGCUGCCCAUGGUGAUCACGACGGACCUGCGCCUCAACGAGCCGCGGUACGCCAGUCUGCCCAACAUCAUGAAGGCCAAGAAGAAGCCGCUGGAGAAGAAGACCCUUGCGGACUUUGGCGUCGAGGAUACCCGCCGACUCAAGACGGUCAAAGUGACCGAACCCCCUGCUAGACAAGGCGGCGGCAAGGUCGAGGAUGUGGACGGGCUGAUCUCCAAGCUGAAGGAGCUGGGCGCGCUGAACUGA